AUGUAGACCCAUGAACCCAUGCUCCUUAUAUGUUCAGUUGCUUUGCAGAUCAAGCAAGGAAGUUGCCAGUAAAAGAAUGGUAUUUUCAGCAUGGGUUGAGGGUAUGGAGAAGGAAGCAAUCUCUAUGCCAUUUUAAGGCAUUGAUCUCCGGCUCUCCCACAUGGGGCCAUCCUCCACACCCCCCCACCUUUCUAUGUACCAAAACCCCAACAAAUAAAUAAAAGCCUCCAAAAAUACGUCGUUGACAUAACACUUCUCAAGACCCAUUCAAACUGUACUCUCUGCUCUUUCUUCUCGUCGUCCCUAAGAAAAACUCACACUUGUAAGAAACCCUUUUCCGUUUCAUCUUCCUUAAAUGUCUCAGCUUUUGGUUCAGGGUUAGGGUUCUGGAUCAGAUGCUUUCUUUUUCAUCUCUCUCUGUGCCUCUCCAUAGAUAUUUUGUUACUGUUUUUUUUUGGUUUCUUUGUGUAGGUUUUCUUGUUUCAGUCCUGAGUUUUGAUCAAGGGUUUCAUUUGGGUUUCUAGAAGUGAACAAGUGAAACCUAGGAUUGGGUUCUGGUCAGUUUAUCAUAUCUGGGUUUCCUUCAAUUUUACAACGAGAUUCAUGGUCAAGGAUUGAUUUUGAUCAAAGGUUGCAUCUUUCUGUACUAUGAUGCAUCAUAGUAAACAAUAGGGUUUUUGGUUUAUCUGAUUUUCUUUAAUAUUGUAAAUGGAAAGUUAUAGUUAAAAAGGACUUUGUUGUUGCUCUUGAGCCAUCUUUGAAUUUAGAUUAGAGAUAAGCUAAUUAAAGGGGAAGAAGAUUCAAUUGAACUCUGAUCAAUGGGAUCGGCUGGGUUUUUUCUUAUAUGUGCUCUCCAUUCUCUGAUAGCUCUGACUUGUGGAGUUUUAAUGAUGUUUUACUCCAAUGACGUCUCUGUGUUUGGCCAUGGCCCGGAGACCGCAAGUAAGCUUCAAGGAUCCACGCCCCAUGAUCAGUUAUUGAUCAGAACCUCCGAUUCCUUCUCGGGUUUGCUUUUAUUUGCCAUUGGGUUUCUUUUGUUCAUGGUGGCUUUUGUUAAGGACAGGGAGUUCCAGAGUUUCUUUGCCAAGGGAUGUGUGCUUGUUCACAUUUCCAUGGCUGUUUGGAGAGUGUACUUCGAGUGGAAGCUUGAGGAUCUUGCUCCUGAUUUGCCGAGGCAGGUUGUUGGGGAUAUUGCAUUGGCACUUUCUUGGGUGUUCUUUGUUGUGUACUCGUGGAGAGAGAAGUAUGAUUAGCUUUGCAAUCACUUUGUUAUGAAAUGAGGGAAUUCGAAUUUGUGGUGCACAUUUUUCAUUAUUGGAGCUGUGGUUUGCUCGCUCUCCUGCUUGAUUAUGGAUUAGGAGACAUAAUUGAAUGAGUUUGAGCUGGACUUGAUCUUGAAAACUCUGGUUUUUCCCCAACUGGGUUCUAUUGGUUUUCUGCGCUGCCAAGUUGCAGGGGGUGCGUUGGAGUAUGAGAAAAUCAAGACAGCACAGAUUGAAUUCUGGGUAAUCUGUUGCUUAAACCUUGUUUAGGUUCUGAUUAUGCUUGAAUUCUGAGGAAGUGAAAUGGGACCUGGGGCUGGCAUGUUUGCUCAUGUUUCUUUGAGGAUCUUUUUUUUGUUUUUUGUUUUUUGAUAAAUAAUUCACUUAAGCCUUUGUUUAGGUUCUGAUUGUGCUUAAAUUCUAAAAAAGAGUGAAAUGGGAUCUGGGGCUGGCAUGUUUGCUCAUGUUUCCUUUGAGGAUCUUAGAAAUGCUUUCCUUUCUGCUUUUGCUCUAGUCAUGUAAUUGUGCUCCUGUUGGCUUCAUGUAAUGAAGAUUCCUUGUAAAUCUCUCCACAUAUGUCAUGAUGUAUACAACAAUGAGAAAUGUUUAAUUCCGGUUUUACUUUAA